AUGACUCUUUUUGAUGGCAUCUACCCCUUCUACCCGCAGCAGAGGAAGGCCUUUGUGUUUGACAUCAGCACCAUCAUAGGGAUUGUGGUCUUCCUAGCUUUUGCUUGCAGCUUCCUGCUCAUAAUCCCAGGCAUCCGUGGACGAGCGAGAAUGUACUGGACUCUCCGGGUUCUCCUCAGCCUCUUCAUAGGAGCAGUGAUUGUCAUUGUCCAGUUCACAGGGGACUGGGAGACAGGCUGGGUGAAGGCAAACACCUCCUACAAGUCCUUCAGCAGCGCCCUGGUGAAUGUGGACAUUGGGCUCCACGUUGGCCUGGCAGGAGUGAACAUCACACUGGUGGGAAACCCAGUGCAUCAGGUCAACGAGACCAUUGACUACAAUGAGCAUUUUUCCUGGACCUUUGAUGCAGACUAUGACCACAGCUACAGCGAGGGGCUGGAGCGGGGGCUGCCCAGCCCCAUCCUCUACGUUGCAGAGAAGUUCACCAUGCAUAGCCCCUGCAGCAUGCACAGGCAGUACCGCAUCUCUGGCCACUACGCAUCGGCCACUCUCUGGGUGGCCUUUUGCACUUGGCUCAUCUCCAACAUGCUCUUCUCCAUGCCUGCCUUGGUCUAUGGAGGCUACAUGCUCCUGGUCACAGGGGCUUUUGUGAUCUUUUCUUUGCUCUCCUUCUCCACUGUGAGGAACUCCCCGAUGUGCCUGAUCCAGUUUGGGACCUCAACCCUGCGCACAAGCUAUGGGGGAUCUUUCUGGCUCACACUAGCAAUUGGCUUGCUCUGUUUUGUGAUUGGGAUCACUGUUGUGGCACUGCACCACUUCAACUUGGACCUACUGAAAACUUUCUUUGACUUCCAUGAGAACAAUGCAGAGGAGUGCCAGGAAAUGACUGAAGUGUACAUCAAUGUGAACAAAGCACUGUCUCUUUCUCAGCCCUCCGAACUCAACCCCAACAGCAUCUAG